AAGCACUCACCAGAAACCAAAGAAAAAAGUUCCGUCUUUUUCGUUCCUCUUUUCCCGGAAGAGAAGAGAGAGUCCAACAGCGAAGAGGGAGAGAGAGCGGGGGGGAGUGCUAUGGGGGAGCAACGGAGGAAGAAGGAGAUACACUUGUUCUACUGCGCCGAAUCCGAGGACCUCGCCCGCAAGGUCGCCGACAAGUCCGACGCCAUCCACCUGCAGUCCAUCUCCUGGAGGAGCUUUGAUGAUGGAUUCCCUAAUCUUUUCAUCAACAAUGCUCAUGACAUAAGAGGACAGCAUGUUGCAUUUCUAGCGUCUUUCAGCUCUCCUGGAGUGAUUUUUGAGCAGAUAUCAGCAAUAUUUGCAUUGCCAAAGCUCUUCAUUGCCUCCUUUACCUUGGUCUUGCCAUUUUUCCCAACUGGUUCUUUUGAGCGAAUGGAAGAAGAAGGUGAUGUUGCCACUGCAUUCACUAUGGCACGAAUUUUGUCAAUGAUACCCAAAUCUAGGGGUGGUCCUACAAGCUUAGUAAUCUAUGACAUACAUGCUUUGCAGGAAAGGUUUUACUUUGGUGAUGAUGUCCUGCCUUGCUUCGAAACUGGGAUACCAUUGUUGCUGCAACGUCUUCGUCAGCUUCCUGAUUCAGAAAAUGUCACUAUAGCCUUUCCAGACGACGGAGCCUGGAAGAGAUUUCACAAGCAAUUGCAGCAUUUUCCAAUGGUGGUCUGUGCAAAAGUGCGUGAAGGUGAUAAGAGAAUAGUUCGACUUAAAGAAGGUAAUCCUGCAGGAAGACAUGUUGUAAUCGUCGAUGAUUUAGUGCAGUCCGGAGGGACCCUUAUCGAGUGUCAGAAAGUCUUGGCUGCUCACGGCGCGACACGAGUCAGUGCUUAUGUAACUCAUGGCGUGUUUCCGAAGCAGUCAUGGGAUCGGUUUACCGAAAGUGACGCGAAUGGUGGCCGGAGUCCAUUUGCGUACUUCUGGAUAACCGACUCUUGUCCGCUCACUGUGAAAGCCAUCGGCGAUAAGCCGCCAUUUGAAGUGCUGAGCUUGGCUGGGUCUAUUGCCGAUGCUCUUCAGAUAUAGCACUUGUAUUGUUAUCUAAACGUUAUCAACAUCUGAAUGCACACGCUUUCUAGCUUAUAUUAUGAAAAAAAAAGCCGAAUUGUUUGGUUCAAUGUAGCACUGGCCUCUUAUGGAGGAUUUUGUCGAUGUUUACUGCUGAAGUAGAUUUAUGUAGGUGGAACUGUGAUGUCGAACACCGUAUUACACUUCACUAAUAAUACGACCGGGUGCGGUCAUCGGCUUCAUCUUCGCCA